AUGGGAGUUCUGUGUCCCUUUGCUCAGCCAACGCAUUCAUAUUCCCAGGUUUUGGAUGUCUAUCCCAUUCAGUCCUGGUGUCUAUUGAAUUGUCCCGUUAUCUGCAAGCCGAGGAGGAUUGUCUUCACGACCUAUCAAUUGGGCUGGGUAGUUGACUUUUCGGAUGGUCAUCGUUCACGUCACGUCAUCCCAAACGCCGACUUCAUGCCCUCGCGGUAUCCUCUACUUGCUUCCGAACCUAGUGGCCGCCUACACAGUUUUCCGCCGCGUCAUUAUAGGCCGCAAGAGGGGAUGGAGUGA